UAUCUUGAUAAACUUCCGAAGAACUUGCCAUGGUGCUCAUAGCCGUCGAAAUACUUCGUCAUACAACUGGAGCGAAUUUGGAGAAAGCAAUUAUAAAAUGUGGCUUUAAUUACAAUACCGCUCGAUGUUGAAUGUUAAGCAGUUAAACAUCCGAUGAAACAUUAUUUUUGUAUAUAUGUAAUGGAAUAAGUCAGUUAUUUCGCCUUUCCUAGGCCUAAAUGGGGCGAAGCCAUCCUGAUUUCCACAAAUUUUAUUUUUUUCCAACAAUUUUCUAAAUCUUCUCAAAAUUGCUUAUACUACAUUCACCUACUCUGCUUAACUAGUGUAAUUUCGGUGAGCCACUAGUAGUAAUCUGAUCCUAAAUAUCAGUGGGGAUGAUUAAUUGGAUUUGAAAUGCUUUUGCGAUAGUAAAUGGGAAAGUUGUAAAACAAUUUGGAUUGUAAAAAAGGGGUUAAUCUAGCGAUAAGAAGAUGAUUUUGCUGUUUACGUGUGAACUGUAAACACAUAUAUAAGAAAGCCCGCGAAAGAAGGUCACUAACUGCAAAAGCGUGGUGUUGCAACCCGGUUAUUGUCGAAGAUGGCAUCGAAAGGAAACAGUUUUCAAACGCUGCUUGUGUCUCUGGUGAUAGUCCUGGUGGUGACAGACCGGUGCCGUGGAGCUCCCUCCAGCGCUUUUGUCACCGUUGCGGACAAUUCGUUGUGUCCGGCUCCCCGGUGCGUUACGUACGAAGAGAUCAACACGCUGUGGGCCGUUCCAGAUCCACUAUAUUUCCUGCAGUGUCGUCCCAGCCCGCUAGGAGACUGGACCUUGCAGCGGAUGCCCUGUGCGCCGGCAACAUUGUUCAGCUACCGGCAGCAGGUGUGCGUACGUCCCGAUUACUGGGAGGGAUGUGUAGAAUUGACAACGAGUACUACCAGUCCCAGCACCACAUCGCCGAGCAUCGCUACUGACGACGAUACGACGAUCAGCCUCAUAAGCUCGACACCGACUGACCAAACAACUCCCGGUUUGAUUGACUGUGGGCUGCCACAGUGCGUAACCUAUGAGGAUAUCAACACACUGUGGGUGCACCCGGACCCAGCCUAUUUCUACCAGUGUCGUCCUCUCGGCGGUGUCUGGUCACCUAUCGAGAUGCCGUGCGCACCGACCACACGGUUCAGCUUCCGCCGACAGGUCUGCGUGAUCGAGGCGGAAUGGGAGCUACCGAAUUGCUAAGCUAGCUGCAGUUGAAGGGGAACUGGGGGAGGUACAAAUAAACGGCUUAAACAGAGGGGGAAAAACACACAA